UUGUCUUUUUAUUAUUAUUAUUAUUUUUAUUAUUUUGGUAAACAUUUUUGUAAGAAAAUUUUAAUUCAGUAGUUGUUUAUUAUGCAUUUAUGUGGAUUUUUGUUAGGGCUUUUCAAUCAUUUUAUGUGUUUUUUUUAUUUUUUAUUUUUUUGAAUUUUUUUUUUGUAUGGAAAUCAAUUCCCAGUAUGCAUGCAGGUACUUGAGUACAUAUGCUCUAUCACGUUUUUAUCUGCAUCACGUUUUCUCAAUUUUAUUAGUUUAUUUUAUUCAGCAUCACGUUUUCUUCAGGGGUGAUAUUUGUUCUUAGUUUUCGUUCUGUUUUAGGGUUUAUUUGAGUAUUUUGUUGUCGAUUUUGUGCCAUCUGUGCGUGUAUUCGUCUCGGUGAGUACCUGGUUUCAGGUAUGUAUUUUUCCGUUUGCUUCAGUAUCACGUUUUUUAUAUAUCGUUUGGUUCGAAUUUUUUCUUUCCUUCAGCAUUUGGUUUUUUGUGUUGAUUUCUUCUUUUUUUUCUUUUUCUUAGGAUUUUUAUAAGUUUCUCGUUGUGGAUUUGUGCCUCUUUGUGGUGUUUUCGUAUCGGUGAGUACCCGGUUUCAGGGUUUAUUUUUUUAAUUUUUUUAAUGUAUAUUGAUUGUUAAUUUUGCUUUGUAUUAUAUAUUUUUCUGUCGUGGGUGGUUGUUUUUUAAUCUGUGUUAAUGGUGGUUUUUAUUUUUGGUGCACGAUUUUAUCGUUAGUUUUUUAGUGGGGUUUUUGUCAGUUUUUUAUCAGUUUAUUUUUUGGGAAGUUUAUGGGUAGUUAUUUGUAAUUUGUGCUAUAUAUAUAUGUAUAUCUGUUAUUCUUUUUUCAUUUGUGUUGUUUUUUUUUUAUGCAGUGCAUUGUAUAUUUUAAUUUUCGAAGUUCUGUCAUGGAUCACUCUGGAGAAACCGGUGGUGUUUCUGGUUCUGAGAAGAAAAUGUCUGGUAUAGUAGAGGAUGAAUCGAAGAAUGUAGGGGAUGAUAUUGGUGAGAUUCUUCCUCGAAGGAGUAACAUUACACAUUUGAAGUCUGUUGCAAGGAAGAAGAGUAAAUCCCCUUCCUCUGUUGCAAGGAAGACAAGUAAAUCGCCUUCCACUGUUAAACAGACGAAGGAUUCGUGUGCAUCUAGUAGUAAGGAUGCUGGAGAUGAUUCUCAUGAGACUAAACAUGUUGUGGCUCAUUUAAAGAUAAACCCCUCCAAGAGGUUUGGUAGUAAGGUUCAACAUUUUACUGACAAGAGUGUCAUUACUGACUUGAAAUCUAAGUUGACGAAAAUUCAGAAAUCAUUGUUUAAGAAGACCCCAUUUGGGCACUUUUUAGAAGUAUGUGAUAUUCAUUUUCAAACUCAACUUGCUCAGCUUGUGUUAUUGAGAGAGGUCUCUCAUGAGAGGGAGGAAUAGGAAAUGUGGUUUAAGCUUGGUCGUAGAGUGUGUAGGUUUUCUAUUGAAGAGUUUGCUCUAGUUACAGGUCUUAGAUGUGAUGGUGAUUUUGAUUUAAGUCGUUUUCAAAAAAAGAAAGUUUUGUUUAAGAAAAAAAUAUUUGGCCGUUUUGUUGGUAAGGUGUCAAAGUCUGAAUUACGAAAUGCUUUUAUUAGUAAGGAUCUAGUUGAUGAUGAGGAUGUUGUCAAAUUGGGUAUAGUUCAUAUCCUAGUUAACUAUUUGUACGACUAUACUAGUGAUAAGUUGGUUGAUGAUUUCUUUUUUGAGAUGGUUGAUCGAGAUUUUUCUGAAUUAGCAAAUAUUAGUUUUGGCAAGUUUGUAUGGGAUAGGAGUUUUCAUUAUUUGAAAACUGCUUUGAAGGGUGGGAAUAAAAUCUUUGAUGGACUGUUCGUUGAUGGGAAGGUUGGCCUUCACCCUUACAAACUUCUUGGGUUUCCCAUUGCUUUUCUUGUAUGGAUAUAUGAAAGUAUAGCUGAGUUGAGUCAUGAGUUUUGUCAACGGGUUGGGAAAAAAUUUCCACGUUUGUUGAAUUGGAAGAGUACAGAUAAUGCCUUCUAUGCAAACUUGGUGGGAAAGGUUUUCAACAAUCAGAAGUUGACUAUCCUGAAUGUCUAUCCGUCUUCUGAGGAGAGAAAGAAACUGGCAGUAAAGAAGUUUAAGUUUGAGCCUCUAUACUUGCCGAAGGUGUGUGCUGAAGAUGGAGACAGUAGUCCGGGUACCCAGGUACUGGUUAGUUUUGUUGUUUGUUUUAGUUAAAAAAAAAUAUUAUUUUGUUUUGCAAUUUAUAGGUUUCUUUUUAUGUUUUUUUUUUUUUUUGCUGUUUUGUAAAGUAUUUUAUUUUGUUUUUUUAGGUUGAUAGUGAAAAGUUGAGAUUGAUUUGUGAAUCAAUCUCAUCAAUAAAAGCAUGCCAAGAAACUAUUAUUAGUGACAUUGCAUUUAUGAGAUCUGAGUUCAUGGGGAAACUCAGUGAUUUAUCUGCAAUGAUUGCAAAAUUUGUUGCAAAAAAUUCUGAAAAAAGUUGCAAAUACAAGUGAUGAAAGUGCUGGUUUUAAUGAAGGGGAAAAGCUAGCUGAUUUUGAUAAUGUUUCCAGUCCUAUUUCUGAUGAUUCUAAGGUAACUUGUUUGUUUUUAUGCUUUAUUGUUUUUUUUUACCAUUUUUAGUUGUAACCAGAUUGUUUUUUUUUUUUUGGCUAGGAUUGUGGAAAUGAUUCAGCUGAAGAGUAUGAUGGUAGUAAGGUAACUGGUUUAUGUUUCUUAAUAAUAUGUUGUGUUUUUGUAGUUGUUUAGUGUAACCAGUUACUGUUGUAACCAGUUUCAUUAUUUCUUUUAGGGUGU